UAUCAUCAGAGGACAUCAAGAUUAACUAUGUAAUGACUAACAGAGAGCCGUGCCAUAUCAAUGUCUUCUGCGCGGUACAUGGAAUAAAAGCGGCGGUUUCAUGGAAUAUCUCACACGGAGAGGGUACAGUGGCACAAUUACAAUUUCCAUCGUUGCAUACUGUUCCUUAUUUUGAUGAGUACAAAGGGAUAAGUGGAUCUGUGCUAAAUGUGAGCAGAGUUAAUCCAGAGCUCACCUACAGCUGCACCGCCAAGACUCGCUUCAGUACAGCGUCCAGAUCUGCAACCCCGUGGGAAUACUGCCAGCAAGGAAAGAUAUCAUCUGAGAAUAUCAAUAUUAACUAUUUAAUUACUGAUGAGGAGGCCUGCAGUGUCAAUGUGUUCUGCACUGUAUAUGGAAUCCGUGUGCCGGUAUCAUGGAACGUUACACAUGGAGUAGGGGCAGUGAGUCAACUGACUUUUCCUCAUAUAGAGUACGGCACUUCUUUUAAUGAAGAAAACAAAAAUAUAUACGGGGCAGUGCUCGAAGUGCACAAUGCUGACCCAGAGCUCACCUACAGCUGCACGGCAGCCACUGCCACCAAUGCAACAUCCAUAUCUGUGAGACCAUGGGAAUACUGCCAGCAAGGAGGAACCCUGAGAGACAGAAGUUACACCAUAGAGAAUACCAUAAGGCUUGUCCUGGCUGUGUGUAUACUCCUCUCUGGCUCAUUGCUUUGUUACUGUCAUAUCAACACGGAGCUCAACUAAUGGCUGUUAUCAUUCCUUUAUAUUAUCCCCCCUCUUGGCUAAGUGCCGUUUUCUGUUACUUUAUCCAUCCCAUCUUCAAAAAUUGACAUAUUUUAUAAGAACGCUGCUUUGGUUGUCUCUUCAUUUCCUUCCUAACAACUUAGCAAUUAAAGGGCACUUCAUCAAGUGAUGUUUUCAAUUGGUAUCAGGACUUUCCUAGAUUGACACAGCAAUCAACCAAUUGCUCAUCACUGUGUCGUAGCCCCACCCCGGUGACAUCACGGCUCUGCCCUUGUGACAGAACUGCCUGUUCCAUGACGUCAAAGGUGGCAACCCUAAGUAGCAAGCAGGGGUGGAUGAGGUGGCACCCAGUCUUUCUGGCCCACCUCUUUGCAAAAUGGGAGUUACCUAGUUUUAGACCCCUCCCCUCAGUCUCCCGUCACCAUUUCUCAUUCCUUAGGGUUUUUCAUUUUCUCCUUAGGGCUCAAUAUGGGCG